UCCGCCCCCAAAUGCAAAUACAUCAGAAGAGGUUCCUUCCCCAGGGCUGGGAGCAGAGCAGGCUCAGGCAGGAGAGCUACAUGAUGAGGGUGUUUGUCUUGCUGGCUGUGCUUUAUGGUGGAGCAAGCAGCAGCAUUGUGCUGCAGAAAAUGUAUGGAAGGAUCACGUCCCCCAACUUCCCAAACGUCUACCCAAAUCAUAAGGAGAGAGUCUGGAAUAUUACUGUCCCUGAGGGAUAUUCUGUCCGCAUCUACUUCACCCAUUUCAACUUGGAGCUGUCCUACCUCUGUGAAUACGAUUAUGUGAAGCUGGGCUCUGGUGGGAGGACCUUGGCUACUCUGUGUGGAAAGGACAGCACAGACACAGAGGAGGCUCCAGGCAACAAGACAUACGUCUCCGUUGACAACAACCUCAUAGUAGAGUUUCGGUCUGACUACUCCAAUGAGAAACCAUUCACAGGCUUUGAGGCCUUUUAUGCUGCUGAAGAUAUUGAUGAGUGCAAAAAGCUGUUUGAUGGUGAACCCCUCUGCAGUCAUCACUGUCACAACUACGUGGGGGGCUACUAUUGCAGCUGUCGGAUUGGCUACACGCUGCAUGAAAACAAGAGGACAUGCACAGCGUGAGAUAAUUAAGCUUCUCCUCGCUUAGGCAGAGAUGGAGACAGAUGUACUGGGAAGAGCCCUCCCUCCUGACCUGCCUGUUGCAGUCUGCCCAAGGGCUGCAGGCUUCUUUUGCUCUGUGACUUGUAUGUCUUGGUUCCUUGCCUUUCAGACCUGCCUCCUGCAGACAAUAAAGAGGCUGUUCCUUGUUGAAAGCUGAUGGCAGCCUCUGGAGCAUUCAUUUUCUUGCAUUUCCCAUGUGUCACUAUGGAAAGAAGAACGUAGAUAAGGAUCUAGUGAAAGAGGAGCCAUUGUGCAAGGCCCCUGACCAUCACAGAUAUCUGAAGCCUCUUGAAUUUCUUGUCUAAUUCUUAUGGCUUGACCUUCCAUAGUUCUUAGGCUGCAAUGAGACUAGAACCACACAUUUGUUCCCUAAUAUUCAUUUUAGAUACGCUCUUGUUUGCACUUGUGCCAGUAGGCUGGAACUAUUUAUGUUCAGAGCCCAUUCAUUCUUUGUAAAGGUUUGCAUAUUUCUUUUUUUAUCCAAAUUUUGUGACUCGGGAUAAAUUUCCCAGAAGGCUACAACUGAAAUGUAUUCUGGAGAGCAAAGUCUCAGAGUUCCAAGAGUGUCACCAGCACAGUUUAGGUGUCUUGACUUCAUUGCCUCCUCACAAUAGAUGCAACAAAAAGAAUGCUGUUCUUCAGUGCAAUUGCUUGUGGUGUUGUUACUGUCUCAGUUCCUCACAGAGCUUCUCACUGCUCCAUUUAAUAUCCAUUGGUUGUCCUUUUAGCCUGUACCCUCUUUGGGCAGGGACCAUCUUCUUGAACUACGUUGGAGAAAUGCCAUGCUCUGUAUUUGUCAGUGACUAGAGCUCCCAAUGGAAACACGGUGACGACUGCAAGAGGUUAACAAGUCGGAGCUGAGCUGCUGGAGGUGAACUGCUGAAGAUAAAAAAAGGACUGUGUUUAAAAAGCUUGAGGGAUUAGGGAGCAUUAGUUGUUCAGCAUUUCCUUAUUUCUACAAUUUAGCAGGAGUUGCUUUCAAUUAUUAUUUAUGAGGCUCAGUUUCUCCAACCCCAUUGCCACUGUUUAGUGCCUGGAGUAAGCAGAGAAGGAACUCUUCCAAGUGAGCAUAGGAUGGAGUGGAUGGAGAAUCUUCUGUAUUAGACUCAUUUCGGGUCACUGUAUUUGCAGACGUCUGUGUUAGCUUGGGCAGGUCACUUGAGACCAGCUUUGAACAUCUUAUCUGCAAAAUCAGAGGUAACAUCACUGUCUUGAAUUACUUGGAAGAUGCUUAGUAAGUGUCGUAGAAGGUAACUGCUGCAGAGAACUGAUCUGGGGAUAGAGCGGCUGUGCAAGCAGUUACAAAGGCUUUCUUCUUCUGUAUUUAAUCUUGUUCAGAAGCUGUCUCAUGGUUAUGGUGAAUUGUGAUCAAAGCAGCUUGAAAUUUUGUCAUGGCUCGGUGAUACAAUUUAUGACCCACCUUUCACUGGCGACCUAAUGAGCCAGUGACAACGGACUUGCCAGUUUUGAGGGGGUCAUUUUUCAGAGUUCAAGCCUCAGGCAAACAGCUCACUGUGAUUCUAAUAAAAAUAUGGCCUAAGCGUAAUUGCGCACUCUCUGGACAGCUUUAAAGCUUGGACUGAAAAGUUAAGGGACCGCAUUUCUGCUGGCAGAUGUAAAAAAAUUACUUGAUCCUUUUUGUGCUGGCUGGUUUAUGACUAUCUUGCUUGCAGACUUAUGGAAAAAAAUAAUGCCCUGACAAAGGGAAAGCCCAGCAGCCACAUGCAGGAGAUGUCAGGAGAAAUGUAAAGUCCAGACUUAGCCCCUUCAUCUUCGAGCUGCAAAUUCCCUUGGAGUAGCAGAGUAUCAUCUGUAGGAUCAGCUAGUUUGGGCUACUUGUGGGCACGAGUCAAGAGAGUUUAUUGGUGAUGACUCACAUCUUUCCAAACUGUAUUAUGAAAAUUGCAUAUCGGGAAGCUGAGUUUAAAGGAGACAGAUGUAAUGAAGCAUGCAGAACUAAUAGUUUCUAUCUUUCUCUUUCUUUAGUCCUUCAAAACAAGGUGAAGGCCAGUUUUCUGAAUUAGUAGGGGAUUAAUGGGUCACUGUUC